CCACUUUCAACCUGCUUUCUCUUAAACGUACGAAUGCAUAAACUUGGAACGCAGCCCCUCUCCGAGCCGGCAGAAGCGAUCUGAACAUUGGAGAUGCCCGUUCCUGGAAGAGGGGGGCAAGGAAAGGAGUUCUCAGGCGUAUGGCUGCACAGGAGAGUAGGGUUGGAAUAUUUUUCUCUUCUUCACUAUAGAUAAUGACACGGAGGAAGUGGGCUCAGGUGACUAUGACUCCAUAAAGGAACCGUGCUUCAGGGAAGAAAAUGCUCAUUUCAACCGAUUCUUUCUGCCUACCAUCUACUCCAUCAUUUUCUUGACUGGCAUAGUGGGCAAUGGAUUGGUCAUCCUGGUCAUGGGUUACCAGAAGAAACUGAGAAGUAUGACGGACAAGUAUAGGCUGCACCUGUCAGUGGCGGACCUCCUUUUUGUCGUCACGCUUCCUUUCUGGGCGGUUGAUGCGGUGGCAGGCUGGUACUUUGGGAAGUUCCUGUGCAAGGCGGUCCAUGUCAUUUACACUGUCAACCUCUACAGCAGCGUCCUCAUCCUCGCCUUCAUCAGUCUGGACCGGUACAUAGCCAUUGUCCACGCCACCAACAGUCACGGGCCAAGGAAGCUGUUGGCUGAAAAGGUGGUUUAUGUUGGCGUCUGGAUACCCGCCCUCCUGUUGACUAUUCCCGAUUUCAUCUUCGCUAAUGUCAGUGAAUCAGACGAGAAAUACAUCUGUGACCGCUUCUACCCCAGUGAUUUGUGGAUGGUCAUGUUCCAGUUUCAGCACAUCAUGGUUGGCCUCAUCCUCCCGGGGAUCGUCAUCCUGUCCUGCUAUUGCAUUAUCAUCUCCAAGCUGUCACACUCCAAGGGCCACCAGAAGCGCAAGGCCCUCAAGACCACUAUCAUUCUCAUUCUGGCUUUCUUCGCCUGCUGGCUGCCCUACUACAUUGGGAUCAGCAUCGACUCCUUCAUCCUCCUGGAAAUCAUCAAGCAAGGCUGUGAAUUUGAGAACACUGUGCACAAGUGGAUUUCCAUCACCGAGGCCCUCGCCUUUUUCCACUGUUGCCUGAAUCCCAUCCUCUAUGCCUUCCUUGGGGCCAAGUUUAAAACCUCUGCCCAGCAUGCGCUGACCUCUGUGAGCAGAGGGUCCAGCCUGAAGAUCCUCUCGAAAGGAAAGCGAGCUGGACAUUCUUCUGUUUCAACUGAGUCUGAAUCUUCAAGUUUUCAUUCCAGCUAACACUGAUUUUUAACAGACUUUUUUUUUAAUACCAUAAAGAACAUUUAAGUUACACAUUUUUCAGAUAUAAAAGACUGACCAAUACUGUACAGUUUUUAUUGACUGUUGGAUUUUGUCUUGUAUUUUUUAGUUGUCGUGAGGUUUAAUUGAUUUAUUUAUAUAAAUAUUUUUUUGUUUCAUGUUGAUGAGUGUCUAGGCAGGACCUGUGGCCAAGUUCUUAGUUGCUAUGUGUCUGAUCGUGUAGAAAAGGGAACUGAACAUUCCAGAGUGCGUGGUGAAUCACGCUAAGCUAGAAAUGAUCCUCAGCUGUUUGUACAUAAAUAAUCUCUCCAUUCCAGUGGAAUUUUUCUUUUUUUUUCCUCCUGUUCUUAAGUUUGGUUACACUGUGUGACUGCUGUAGAAGAUGGCACUUAUAACCAAAGCCUCAAGUGUUAUAUAAAUGGUGGUUUUUCAGUUUUUCAGGAGUGGGUUGAUUUUAGAAUCUACAAUGUACAGUCUUUGUAUUAAGUUGUUAAUAAAAGUACAUGAUAAACUUA